ACUCAUGACGUAUUUACUGUUUUGUUGUUGUAACUAGGUAACAUACCUAGUACUGAUAUCUAACGAUAAAACACAUUAUAAUCUUAUAGUGGCCAAGGAGCAUAUUCUUGAAUGAAACCCAUGUAUGAAAAAUAUUUAAAUAUAUACAUUAUUCGUAUACAGAUAUCGUUCGUUGAUAGAUCCUAGUUCCUUUGCUAUACAUUUAUACGUGUAGUUAAACUUUUUUUUUUUGUUAAAAAUGGCACCAAAAAAGAAAUCUAAAGGAAGCAAAGGCGGCCGUACGAGUGCCGGGAUUGUGGAUGGCGUUUCUAUGGCUGAGAUGUCCAGAGAACAGCUUGAAGGAUUCGCAGCUAGAAUGAAGAAAGAGUUGGAACGCGAAAGAGAAGAAAGGAACUUUUUUCAACUUGAAAGAGAUAAAGUGUUAACGUUUUGGGAAAUCACGAGACAUGAGUUGGAAGAAAAUAGAGCAUCAUUGAGGAACAAAGAUAGAGAAAUUGAAGACAUAGAGGAAAAGCACCAGGAAGAAAUCAAAGUUUACAAACAAAAGUUGAAACUUUUGAUGUACGAACAGCAUGUGCAUCUAUCCGAAGUGCAAGCUGAAAAUAUGGUUUCGUUGAAAAUUGCCAACGACGAACAUAUAAACGAAGAAGAAGAAUUAGUUAAAGAAAACGACGCUCUCAAACAAGAAAUUGUCGAAAUAAAUUUACGACACAUAGAGGAAAUCAACAAUAUCCGAUUGGAACAUGCAACAGUUAUGAGAGAAUUGAAAGAUCGAUUUAUUUCUGACUGUCAAGUGAUCGAAGGCAAGUAUCAAAAACGUAUGGAAAGCUUGAGGAAUCGUAUGGACUUAAAGAAUAAAGUGGAAGUGGCUGAGACUGAAGCGAGGAAGAACAAGCGCAUAGCAGAAAUCAUCGAAGACCACAACAACGCUUUCAACAACUUGAAAGAACAUUACAAUGACAUAACUGUCAACAAUUUGACAUUAAUCGCCAGUUUGAAGGAAAAGUUAUUGGAGUUAAAAGAAGACCAGCAGAGAGCGGAAAUGGAUCUGAAAGAAGUGACGAAAGAAAACGAAUCGUUAAAAGGACCGUUAAAAGAAGCACAAAUUACCGUUGAGGAAUUGACGCAAAAAAUGUGUAAUUACUUAAAGGACAAACAACGGUUAAUGGUUCUAACUAAACGGUUGAAACAUUCAAUCGAUAAGUACAAGGACCUUCAGGUGGAUUACGACGAGCUGAAAAUGAUUUCUGAGAAAAUGCAAACCGAUUUAGAUAACGCAAAGGAUGAGUAUUCGGACAAAUUAAUGCAUCUGCAGAUGGAGCACGGAAAAAAGUUGUUAGCAGUCGAACGUCGGCUGAAGCGAUCGAGAGAAACUGUCGAGGAAAAAGAGGCUCAGAUAGCCCGUCUAACCGGAGCCACGUCGGCGGACACUUCGAUUGCGAUGGCCAUGAAUGCAAAAACUGAGGCUUUGCUGGAUAAGAAAAACCAACUGAUCGAACAGAUAUGGAACGACCUGGCAGCUAUAACUCAGAAGUACAACGAGCUGUGUAAGCAUUUCAAAGACACUCUCCGACAUCACGGUAUACGGGGCUACGACGACAGCGUUUUUGAAUUGGUACCCGCUGACGACAAACAUGAAUAUUUUGAAAAUCUCUGACGAUCAACGACUAUUACAACUGCAAUAUUAUAAUAAUAUUUACAUAAUUACUAAUGUUCAAUUAUAAUUUGGUAUUGUUUCAAAACGAAGCAAUGUCGGCAUGUUUGGUCGUUUGGUUUUUACGAUUUUUUCACAAAUUAAUAUUACCUAUGCCUAUAUUAUAAUAGCUUAUAGUACAUAAAUAGUAGUUAAAUUUAUUCGUCAACGGUUGACCUUCUUAGUAGGCAAGCCCAUGGUCAGAGGUAAGUACGAGGAGACUCAAGCUCGGAUUAUGGGAGGGAGCCUGGCCCCCUUGCCUCGAUAGUUGGAAUUUAUUAAGGGUUUUCACAGUUUUCCAUUACAUAUUUGGUUAUGAGCUAUAACAUUACACAAAUCACAUAAAACAAAAUUCAUGAUUAUUACUGACGACAUUUGUGAUUUGUUACAAUUUAAUAUUGUUAUAAAAUUAUAAAUAUUAACUACAUAAUACAUACCUGAUAGCUAGCUAUCUUUAAAAUAUAUUAAAGGCUACAGACUUGUACAAUAAUGCUUGAUAAUAUACAGAAAUAGGUAUAAUCAAUUGAGUCAAAUAAAAAAAAAAAUGUAUUUAACUAUACCAAAAUCAAACUCUUCGGCCGAAAGAGUUUUUUCAAAACUCAAUAAAAUCAAGAACAAAAUUACAGUCUAAUACUAAACCAAGAAAAUUGUACUGCGUUUAUGGUAUUGGCAUCUGAAAACAACAUUCUUCAAACAAUUAGGUAUUAAACAAUUUUAUCAAACAAAUGGG